UGGGCUCGGCCGCUCUGGUCAGUUGCUCGUUUUGUCUGAAGAAACCUUCGAGUUCUCGAUUUGCAGUCUUCCGAUUUCAAGGGUUCACUUUUCUGUUCUCCUGAUCGCUCUGCUUCUCCGUUCCUCCGCUUCGAAGACCUAGAGGAAGAGGAGGAUGUCAGGCGGCUUCUUCCGAGGCACAUCGGCGGAGCAGGACACCCGCUUCUCCAACAAGCAGACGAAGCUUCUCAAGUCCCAUAAGUUCCCGCCGGAGCUAGAGCACCCGGCAGUGGAUGGGAAGCAUAUCCAGCUUACAGGAUUUCUAGAAAAGAAUACUGGGAAGUUCAUGAAGGAGCUUUGGGGACUUCUCCUUAGUGCUCAGAAUAACUCAAGCGGUGUCCCUCAGCAGUUCUUGGAUGCAAAACAAGAAGAAAUGAGAAAAAGAAAGCUUGAGAAUGAUCUGAUCACUCAAGAAAUUCAGAAGAGAAAGGAUAAGGAAGGAAGAGAAAUCGAGCAAGAGAAACAGAAGAGGAUGGACAUAGAAGCUGGUCAUUCAAGAUCUGCAAAUGUUGUUUCUGGCUCAAGUUCAAGACACUCACAGUCGAGGGAUUCAAGAAUUCAAUCAGAGAAGGAGAAAGAUAAAGAGAUAGUGAAAAGUCCAGGAGUAAAACGGUGGUCAGUACAAUGUGCUUUACAUAUUUAUGACCACUAUAGUUCUUCUGUAAGUUUCUGCACAUGCAAAAUGCUACUUGUUUGGAAACUAAAAUAACAGUGAAAUCAUUUAAAUGAUCAGUUUUUUUUCAGUGAGCAUGCAUUCUUUCUAUAAGUUGCAUGCUUUACUAGUUAGAAGUAUGCAAAGUGAAAACUGAAAACAUCAACAUUUUAGUAUUCUACGAUUACUGAAACUUAUGAACCUUGCUUUUUUUUUUAAAAAAAAAUACACCUAUAUACCUUGAAUAUGCAUUAAACUUAGCUAAGAUAAGCCACUUUUAGCCAAGGGUUUGGGGUUAUUUAUUAGGCCUGCUUAUUUGUUUUGAAAGGAAAGAAAGGAAUCAGAGACAAAGAAAGGAGUGGAUUCAUUGAAGGAAGGGAGAGAAAGGAGAUGUGUACAAACUUGAUUAUUUCACAGUGUGGAAGGACCCUCCUCUGCCCAUUUCACUUCAAGCAAUCAAGGGAUUUCUGUCUGGAUUCCCUUGAAACUUGAUCCCUUUCUGCAGAAACCAACAAAAUCACUCCAAGGGACCUUGUAAAAAUGAUUACAUAUCUGUAAUACGCCCACAAAAAAUGGAAUAGAGCAAGUUCAUUUGAAAAAAUCUUCUCUUUAUCCUCUAAAAUAGAUAAAUUCUGCUCUUUCAAAAAAAACUUUAAGAGAUUUCAUUUUGUCUCUACAUCCCAGCAAACACUAGCUAUUCUUGCGUGUGGUACUUGAUCGUUGGUGUGUUUCUAACAACAUGGUACUGAUGCAAGGAUUAGAAAAUUGUCCAAGUCUUGAUUAGGCAAAUAGGGAUGACAAUAUUAGACAUGGUUUGAUAACACAUGAUCCUACUCAAUCUAAAACACGAAUAAUAGAGACAACUUGAAAGUGGCAUGACAUGCACCAAAUAUAUAUAUAUAUAUAUAUGAUAUGAAUUGUCCUGGUGACAAAGUAAACUAAUUUUGAAAAUCUUUAAUAACCUUUUGUCAUACAAUUUAGUUUAAUAAAUCUUAGUAGCUUUAUGUUGACCAAAAUGACACUAUUUGUUUAUGAUACAUUUAAGAUUGCACGACACCAUUACAUGACAAUGAAUAGAACAAUGCUUCCCUCUUGGAAAGUGUGUUUGUUUUCAACAACAAAUUUAAAAAAGCUUCAAGGGUUCUUGAAGGUGAUAAUUGCAGUCAAUCGUUUACCUCAGGACAUUUUAAGGAAUAUGAUCUCAUCAUAAUGAAGAGACCUAGAGGAGGGAAUUUUAUGUUGUCAUGAUGUUUACCUCAGGACAUUUUAAGGAAUAUGAUCUCAUCAUAAUGGAGAGACCUAGAGGAGGGAAUUUUAUGUUGUCAUGAUGGGCAUGGCAAUGGUCUGUUGAGAACAAUGAAUUGAUGUGUGGGAAUUUUGUUUACUUGUAUGGAUCUUUUGUUUGCAAGUUUGGAGACAAAAGCAACAUUUGAUAUUAGGAGACAAAAGUGGGUUUUUAAAUAGUAGGCCUACAACAUAUAAUUUUUGGUGGAGUGGACUGGAUUUUUUUUUUCUUGAGUGCAUGGUGUCGUGACCAUAUUUUUUUUCUUUGAAUGUGGGAAUAAUGUGGGUGAGCAUGCAUUUUUUUGGUACUUGAGAUAAUGAGGGUGGUAGGAAGAGUGACAAAUUUCUGUUUGGUUUUUGAUAUCGAUAACAUUAGCAUUUUCCAUUUUUGCUGCACUCUUAUGUUGAAUUCUGAUGAAAUGUGAGAAAUCAAGUAAUAUGGGAUUGGACCAGUCCUGAUCUAACUCAGCUGAUUUUGAUCUAUGAUUUGGACCAUUUCUAGUAAAAUCAUUGUAACACGAACUGGUGUUAAUGACAUGGUUGGUAGUGGAAUGUCACCUAGUUAAAACUAAUUAUAAUUAUCAUAAGAUUCAAGAUAUUGCUUAAUUUAAAUAUAAUUAUUUGUUGAUGUGGAAUGAUGAGGCAGAUAAGCACAUAAGGUGUGUAUAGCCAUACCUUCAAGUCUGAUGGGGGUGAGGGGCGUGCUGAAGGUAGGAUUCUUGAUGUUCAUAGUCCACAUGGACAAAUCUGAUGAUCCAUGGUGUCUGAAUACUAAGAGGUGUCUCCCUCCUAAAUAUGACUAAUCAUUUUGGGAUGACAUAUUUUUAUCCUACUUCAACAGAGGCAAUGCUGUCUAAAUGUAUGUGUGCAAGUUUUUUAUACUGAGCUGGUUGCUAGAUUGUAUAUAUUGAACAAAUAAUUUGUUUUUUUUUUCAAAGAUUGAUUUGCAUUUUAUUUCAUUUUAUUGUAGUAAAUAGGAAUACUACAUUUUGAUUUCUGUUAAUAUUUUCUUAUUUGGUUUUUGCAAUACUUUUCUUGAGCUGGUUAUUUACACUAUUUGUUGUCUACUGUGAGUGUAAAGUGCAUUCUUGAUUCUGGUUUAUUUUUUUAUCACUUUACCUUUUGCUACUACUGUCCAUUCGUCUUUUCACCAAUAGAACUAUGCUGCAGUCAUUUCCUAUUUCUUUUAUUUGAUUUUAUAUGUCUGAAUUUCUAAUAGAUCUUUCUUUAGCCUGUAGGCAUUUGCAACCAUUGAUUGUAGCAUAUGCUUUUUACUACUGAUCCCAUGAGGCUCUACCUAUGACCACUCUUGCAUGAUUAUUCUUCUCCUAUUCGGUAAUAUUGUUUUGUUUGUUUGAUUCAGAGCUCUCUUUUUUUUUAUAUGUUGGGUUUGGUUUCUUAGUCUUAACUACAUAAUCAUGCUGUCUUUAUUCAGAAGGACUUCUUCACCAUGCCUAUCAUUCAGCAAAUCAGCUUCUAAAUGUGGGAGUUCAAAGGAAGGAUGGUCAAGGAGUGCAUCUGUAUCUUCCCAGUCACAUAGCCAUUUGGUUUCUCCUAGUAGGCGGUAUCAUUCGCCAUUGAGGCAUUCAAUUUCAUCUGAAAGGAGAUAUAAGUCUCCAACGAGAAGAUCUAUUUCUCCUCACCGUAGAUAUUCACCUAGGAAUAAUACAUCGCCUCCGAGACACAAAUCUCCUUAUGCUAAACGAAGGUUGCCUUCAACCACAAGGCGUAGAUCUCCGUUGCAUAGACGUCGAUUGUGCCAUAGGUCUCCUACUUCACAUUAUAGAUCUCCCAUUCAAAAUCGCAGGAGAUCACCUUCUCCUGGAGGUCGCUGGGACUCACCUUCUAAGCAUCACAGAGACUCACCUUCACCUGAAAGUCACAGGAGAUCACCUUUUCCUGGACAUCAAAGGAGGUCACCUUCUCCGAUACGCCACAAGAGGUCACCUUUACCAACACAUAGGAGUUCACCUUCUCUGGCACAUCAUAGGAGAUCACCUCCCUCUCAUUGCAGAGUAUCGCCUUCUCCUUCAUUCUGUAGAAGAUCACCUUCUCCUUACCAUAGAAGAUCAUCUUCUCCAAUGCGUCACAUGUCUCCUGUUAGACGUAGGUCCUUUUCUCCUCAGCAACAUAGAUCCUUGUCACCUAGGACAUCAUCUCCAGAUGCUUCUCCUCAACGCCAAGGAAGACUAUCUAGGGGUUAUGGUGCUGAUUCACAACCAUCUCAAACGAGGAAAAGUCACAGUCCUAAUAGGACUCUUAGAGGUUCAAGUAGGGAAACUGAGAGCAGAAAUAUUGGUGUCAACUCUAGAAGACAUGAGGAUGGCUAUGCAUUUGAUAGGGUCUGGGAGAGACGGUCAUUGACUCAUGGUGCUACACACAAAGUGGUGGAUGAACAUACCAUGCACAAUAUCUCAGGCCACUCUCCGCCCAAAUUGUCAGGCUGUUCUAGGUCUUCUGGUCGAGAUUCUAGAGGUCAAAUUGACAUCCAUGACAAGGAUCAUGGCGAGUUGUCUGAGAAUUCUUCAGGGCUGUCAACCUCACCUAGUAAUUCAAGGAGAACAAGCCCAAGAAGAAAUAGGUUGUCUGAAGAUACUACUACCAAACAAUUUGAGAAACAAAUACCUCAGGAUGUCAUAGGAAUAAAUAAUGAAAAGGAACAUUCUGGUUUUCUCAGUGAGGAUGGUUAUCACAACGUUGAUUCACCAUCUAAGAAAGACAUCCAAAGCCAUCCGACAAAUGUGAAAUCGAAAAAGGAAAAUGAACAUAAUAGUGAUGUGAAUAUUUCUAGAAGAAAUGAAUCACAAGUGUCACAGUCUCUAGAUGGUCGAGAAUAUGGUCCUGGAAGAGGAGUGCGGGGUGGAAAACAUUCCAGUCGUGAUCGACAAAGCUUGAUGCUUUCUCCUAAUGCUAAAAUGCAGCCCAAAGUAACAAUUUAUGAAGAAGAGACGAAAGAACGGAAACAUAGGAGUUCAGGAAAGAGAAAGCACAAGAAGUUUGAUAAACAUAGAAGAGAUUCAGAUUCUGAUUAUGAAUCUGAUUCUGAUAUUGAAGACAAGAAGGAAACCAAGAGACGAAGGAAGGAUGAGAGGAGAUUGCGCAAGGAGGAAAAGAGGCGAAGGCACGAAGAGAAGCACCGCAAAAGACAUGAACAACAUUUGGAGAAGUAUAAACCUUCCGAACCUGAUAAGGAUCUCAAUGAUACAGCUGCUAUGAGAAAAGGAGGGCCUUAUUUGUCCCACAGUUCAUUUGAAACUGAGUCCAAAGAGAAGAAGCUUGAGAUUGAGCUCCGCGAGAAGGCCCUCAAAUCUCUUAGAGAGAGGAAGGCCAUUAAACAGUAAAUCACAAAAAUAAGUUAAAACUUUGGUCUGCAUUUUGCUGUUUUCCGAUUAUUGUUUCAUUUGUCUUAUAGUCAACAUUGAUCUAAAGUUUGAAGCCUGUAGGUGAAGUGAAUUGAUAAGGAAUGUCAGGGUGACAUUUUGGUGCUAA